AAAUUGACGUUUUGUUUUACAUAUUUCCUUGCGCACUUGCGCUUUCUUGUAAAAACGAUUUUAUUACGUUUUAGGAAGGCGUAUCAAAAUGACUUCCGUUGUGAGGGCCGGGCACUUGGCUCCGUAUUUCAAAUCCACUUCCCAAGUGGUUUCAAACGGUCUGAGACCACUGGUUGCCGUUCCAGUGUCCAACGAAAAGAUAGUGUCACAACCUCUACCUAAAGCCUCGACUGUGCAAUCUUUGCAUGGAUCCCUGCCUAUCCAGGGCCUGAAGGUUAAGGCUGGCGCGAAAGUGCCAACUCAAGUACGAUUUGCGCACACCGAUAUUGCGUAUCCCGAUUUUUCCGCUUACCGUCGCAAGGAAACUCAGGAUCCUACGGCGCAGGCCAAAGAGACUGCUGAUGGACGUCAAUCAUUCACAUACCUUAUGGCUGGAGCGGGCAGCAUGGCCGGCGCCUACGCCGCCAAGUCCGUCGUGACGCAGUUUGUAUCCUCCAUGGCUGCCGCUGCUGACGUACUGGCCCUAGCCAAGAUCGAGAUCAAGCUCUCUGAGAUCCCCGAGGGCAAGUCCGUCACAUUCAAGUGGAGGGGCAAGCCGCUGUUCAUUCGCCACAGGACAGCAGACGAGAUCGCCACCGAGAAGGCGGUGCCGAUCGACACCCUCCGCGACCCGCAGCACGACGACCAGCGCACCCAGGACCCCGGCUGGCUGGUCGUCAUCGGCGUCUGCACGCACCUCGGCUGCGUGCCCGUCGCCAACGCCGGUGACUUCGGUGGCUACUACUGCCCCUGCCACGGCUCCCAUUAUGACGCCUCCGGACGCAUCCGCAAAGGCCCUGCGCCUUUGAACCUCGAGGUCCCGCCUCAUCAGUUCGUCGAUGACGGCACUCUGAUUGUAGGUUAAGCGUAUUUAUUAGUUGCUUUGCCGCACCCUUAAAUCUAUAUUGAAAAUGGUGCUAAAACUCCAAGUAUAAGCACAAGCUUGUGCUUUGUUCGAAGUGGCUAGUAUCAUUUUUGAUACUGCAUUUAAGGGUAAGUUUCUAAAACGCGGCGAGGCGGCUGUAGCAAAUUUUAUUUAAUAAGGAUUAUUUAUCCUAAUGUUACAACUAUAGAAAUCAAUCAAUAAAUGUGAUGCGAUCAA